AGGCGUGAUGACCUUCGUAGACCAUUUGGAAAAUUUGCCCCCGUUAAAGACAUAUAUCUGCCAAAGGAUUACUACACUCGGGAACUUAGAGGAUUUGGGUUAAUCCAAUACUUUGAUCCCGAGGAUGCUUCUGAUGCAAAGUACCAUAUGGAUGGGAAGAUGCUGCUUGGAAGGGAAAUUGUUGUUGUUUUUGCAGAGGAAAACUGGAAGAAGCCUUCUGACAUGAGGGCCAGGGAAAAAAUAAGUGCUAGAGGCCGUUCUUAUGAUGGGAGGUUGCGCUCAAGGUCACCUGAGUUGAACGAUUCUCCUAGGGGUAGAUCACGGUCCCAAAGCCAAAGCUACUCGCCAGUACUCAAAUUUAGGUUCAUAUUGUAA